AUGACGGAUCAAGGCGAACCCGAGGAAAUCUGGGUAGAAGGUGUCAAACUCGAUGUGUACAUCGAAGAACACAAACGCCGAUGCCGUAGCAUCAUUAACGCGGUUGUAAAUGUGAAGAAGAAAGGCAGAGCGAGUUUCACAGUGGCUAAACUUCAGUCGAAACUCGAGGAAGUGAAAGAACAGUGGAAAGAGGCAUUGGAUCGACAUAAAAAAAUAAUUAGCAUUGUCGGCUUGUCGCAACGUGAUCGUUACGAUUAUUUCAAACGGCAGUACAUGGAUCAGCUCGAGGAAGUCGAGCGAGAAGUCGAAACGAGAGGAUUCCUAUGUCAUGAGCUAACGGAAUUGAUACCGGCUCCAUCGAUCGAGCAAAAGACUGCUACGCCUCCACUCUCUGCCCCGGUAACCGUCGUGGAACAAGCUCAACGGUUGCCAGAAAUAAAGAUCCCCCGUUUCAACGGUGAUCCGACGAAGUGGCUAAACUUCCGGGAUCUUUUUACAUCGCUGGUCACCAAACAUAGGAAGUUGACCGAUGCCCAGCGCUUGCAAUACUUGCAUUCGUCGCUGGAAGGAAACGCGCUACGAACUAUCUCGAACCUCGGUGAUGACUAUUUCCAGGUAGCGUGGAAUAUACUCGAGAAACGAUUCGCAAAACAGCGUGUACUAAUUAAAUCCCUGCUCGCUCCGUGGUAA